UGGAAACCAGAAAUAAGGUUACACAGGACAGAGCUCCCACAGCAACAUGUCUGUAAGGAGGAGGAGGUUCCUGCUGAGCAGCAGCUCUGUACUCAGGAGAGGAGCUCCAGUCUGGACCAGGAGGAGCCAGAGCCUCCUCAGAUUAAAGAGGAGCAGGAGGAGGUCUGCAGCUGUCAGCAGGGAGAGCAGCUUGUACUGAAGAAGGAGGAAGAAGAUUUUAUGUUGACUCCUACUAAUGAGAGAAGAGACCACAGUAAAAAUCAGACUCUGGACUUCAAUCUUGAUGACGCUGUAAGUGCAGCAGAGACAGAGUCUGGAAACAUACCAGUUUUAACCUAUGUGAUACCAGAACCAAACUGUGUCUCUCAGCAGCUCCUCUCUGUCAGCUCUCAUGAAGCUGAGAGCAAAGAUCAGAUAGGAGGCAGACGUCUACCAAAGCUUCUCCUAAAGGAAAGCAAUAGUCACACAAAUGAUAUGUACAACUCCACUACGUCAAACAUUCACAUCAAUACUUCAACUGGAGAAAAGUCUCUUAAAUGUGACACUUGUGGGAAAGCUUUCCAGCAUCCGUCGAACUUAGAAAUACACCUGAGAAUCCACACAGGUGAGAAACCGUUUACAUGCAAAACAUGUGGGAGAGCUUUCCGACAGAAAAGUCACCUAACAGGCCACAUGAGAACCCACACGGGUGAGAAGCCAUUUACCUGUGAAACAUGUGGGAAAGCUUUUAGACUCAAUUCUGAAAUGACAAUCCACAUGAGAAUCCACACAGGUGAGAAGCCGUACGUAUGCAAGACCUGCGGGAAAAGUUUCCAUGACGCAUCAAUAUUGAGGUAUCAUAUGAAAACCCACACAGGUGACAAGCCGUUUAUUUGUGAAACGUGUGGGAAGGAUUUCAGACACAAGAGUCAACUGAUAAUCCACAUGAGAAUCCACACAGGUGAGAAGCCGUUUACUUGUGAAAUAUGUGGGAAAGCUUUCAGACAAAGUUCAGAAAUGCCAGUCCACAUGAGAAUCCACACAGGUGAGAGGCCGUACGUUUGCAAGACCUGCGGGAAAAGAUUCCGAGAAGCAUCAGUGUUGAGAAGGCAUACAAGAACCCACACAGGUGAGAAGCCGUUUACCUGUAAAACGUGUGGGAAAGCUUUCAAACAGAGUGGUGACUUGACGGUCCACAUGAUGACCCACAAGGGUGAGAAACCGUUUGCUUGCAUCAUAUGUGGGAAAACUUUCAGAAGUAACUGGCACAUGAGAAUCCACAUGAGAACUCACACAGGUAAGAAGUCAUAAUUUUGCAAGACCUGCAGGAAAAGACACGUUAAUGUGUCUCAACUGUCAAAAUCUCAGAAUGACAAGUAGCCUUGUAUUUGUUAAAUGUGUGUGAGAUGAUUCUUUUAUGUUCAUGGUCAAAACACGCAACAACUCAUUGAAGAGAAGAGUUGCAUAAUUGCAGCACUUGUGGGAAAAGUUUUACUCAAAUCACAUUCUU